UCAUGUCUUCUCCAGAAAUUGCUUCUUUAUCCUGGGGCCACAUGAAGGUCAAAGGUUGCUCCACAUCCUACAAAGACUGUAAAGUGUGGCCGGGUGGCAGCCGAGCCUGGGACUGGCGUGAAACCGGCACAGAUCAUCAUCCAGGCGUCCAGCCAGCCGACCUGGAAGAGGUCCUGAGGAAAGGAGUGCAGACGCUGGUCAUAGGAAGAGGAAUGAGUGAAGCUCUUCAGGUGCCUCCAUCCACCCUAGAUUACGCGAAGAAGCAGGGUGUCGAUGUCAGGGUGUUUCAGACCGAGCAGGCUGUUAAAGAAUAUAAUGCUCUGGCAGGACAGGGAGCUAAAGUCGGCGGGGUCUUCCACUCCACCUGCUAAUCACAUCAUUAACACAACCAGCUAAUUAAUUUACUUGGUUGUUUAAAGUGCCUUACAUUACAAAUGAACAUUGUUUUCUUGCUUUAUGCUUCUUAAUUUGCACUAGUCUAAACUACUGGAGGAUUUUUUUCCCUUUGGUGAAAAUGUUAUUUGCUUUAAAAUCAUUAAAUGAUUAUUCUUUGAAUGUAGGCUACGAAAAUACCCCAUUAUCACACACACCAGUGAUACAAAUGAACAAAAAAACAUUUAUUUCAGAUAAAACAUAAUUGUGAAAACA